AUGUACAAAAGUAUCCAGCCUGCAUCUAGCUCGUUCGGCUCCCCGAACCCGGCCAGCCCUUGGCACACUCUGCGACCCCUUAUCAUAUCCUUCACGCAGACCAUGAAUCCCGCUGUCAUAACCGCCAUCGAAAGGAGUGAGAGCUGCAUCAUCUGGGACCUCAAAGCCGUUCGCCAUCUGAUGCGAGUUCUCAAGUUGUGGGCUCUCAAUAAUGUCCCAGGUCAUGUUAUCGGCGCUUUCCUCAAACUGGUAUUGUAUGGACGCGACUACCACAUAAACGAGAUGUUAACAAAGAUGGUAACGGAAGGCAAGUCAAACAUGUAUAUCGCACGUGAGGUAAUGGCUUUCUACCAAAUUUGGGAUGACAGCUAUCGCUUUCCCUUAUGGGAGACGCUUGUUGACGAUGAUGGAGCUGACGAGAACUUGAUUGCGCCUGGGCCGGCAAUCAAGCAGGGACAGGACCAGAAUGUGAGAAGCACCCUAGCAGAAGUGAAUGUUGCAAGCUCCGCCGUUGCAGCGGCGGAGCAUGCUCGUCGCGUCGCCAAACAAAUGAUUCUGACGGAAUGGCCCUUUUUUGUCUCCGACCUGGACGAUGCACAAAUAGACGAACUUGCUUACCACCUUAAGAAUGGCGAGAAGGGGACCGAUUAA